GGGCCGCUCCCGCAUGCGCAGUGCGCUCGGUGUCAGCCGCCGAGCCCGGUCGCCGGCGCAGACGCAGCCCCCCCGGCGGCGGUGGCCCGCGCCCCGCGGCAUGAGCCGGUGACCGAGCGCCGGGCCGAGCGGGAGGCAGCCGUGGCCGAGGAGUGCGAGGAGGGGGCUGUCUGGGUCAUUAUGUGCGCGGCGGUCAAGUACAACCUCCGGGGUCCGGCCCUCAUCCCGAGAAUGAAGACCAGGCACCGAAUCUACUACAUUACCCUCUUCUCCAUCGUCCUCCUGGGCCUCAUUGCCACCGGCGUGUUCCAGUUCUGGCCCCAUUCCAUCGAGUCCUCCAACGACUGGAGCGUGGAGAAGCGCAGCAUCCGCGACGUGCCCGUGGUCCGGCUGCCAGCCGACAGCCCCAUCCCCGAGCGGGGCGAUCUCAGUUGCAGGAUGCACACGUGUUUUCAUGUCUACCGCUGCGGCUUCAACCCGAAGAAUAAGAUCAAGGUGUAUAUUUACUCUCUGAAAAAGUACGUGGAUGACUCUGGCGUCCCAGUCAGCAACACCAUCUCCCGGGAGUAUAACGAGCUGCUCACGGCCAUCUCAGACAGUGACUACUAUACCGACGACAUCAACCGCGCCUGCCUGUUUGUCCCGUCCAUCGAUGUGCUUAACCAGAACGCGCUCCGCAUUAAGGAGACAGCACAAGCGCUGGCCCAGCUCUCGAGGUGGGAUCGAGGUACAAACCACCUGUUGUUCAACAUGUUGCCUGGCGGUCCCCCCGAUUACAACACGGCCCUGGACGUCCCCAGAGACAGGGCUUUGCUCGCUGGUGGUGGCUUUUCUACGUGGACCUACCGACAAGGCUACGAUGUCAGCAUCCCUGUCUACAGUCCGCUGUCCGCUGAGGUGGACCUCCCGGAGAGAGGACCAGGAGCGUCUGUGGUUGUGCCAGAAGAAAAGAUGUCAGACGUGUACAGUAUUUUGCAGAGCAUCCCGCAAAGACAGAUUGAAGAGAUGCAGAGACAGGCCCGGUGGUUCUGGGAAGCGUACUUCCAGUCCAUUAAAGCCAUCGCGCUGGCCACCCUGCAGAUUAUCAAUGACCGGAUCUACCCGUACGCCGCCAGCUCCUAUGAAGAGUGGAAUGACCCUCCGACCGUGAAGUGGGGUAGCGUGAGCAACCCCCUCUUCCUCCCGCUGAUCCCGCCACAGUCUCAGGGCUUCACCGCCAUCGUCCUCACCUACGACCGAGUGGAGAGCCUUUUCCGGGUCAUCACCGAAGUGUCCAAGGUGCCCAGUCUAGCCAAGCUGCUGGUCGUCUGGAAUAAUCAGAAUAAAAACCCACCAGAAGAUUCUCUCUGGCCCAAAAUCCGAGUCCCGUUAAAAGUCGUGAGGACUGCUGAGAACAAGCUGAGUAACCGUUUCUUCCCGUACGACGAGAUCGAGACGGAGGCGGUCCUGGCCAUUGACGACGACAUCAUCAUGCUGACCUCUGAUGAGCUGCAGUUUGGUUAUGAGGUCUGGCGGGAGUUUCCUGACCGUCUGGUGGGCUACCCGGGCCGCCUGCAUCUCUGGGACCAUGAGAUGAACAAGUGGAAGUACGAGUCUGAGUGGACGAACGAGGUGUCCAUGGUGCUCACAGGGGCGGCUUUCUAUCACAAGUAUUUUAACUACCUGUACACCUACAAAAUGCCUGGGGACAUCAAGAGCUGGGUGGAUGCUCAUAUGAACUGUGAAGACAUCGCCAUGAAUUUUCUGGUGGCUAACGUCACGGGGAAAGCUGUCAUCAAGGUCACGCCGCGCAAGAAAUUCAAGUGUCCCGAGUGCACAGCCAUCGACGGGCUCUCGCUCGACCAGACUCACAUGGUGGAGAGGUCUGAGUGCAUCAACAAGUUUGCCUCCGUCUUUGGGACAAUGCCUCUUAAGGUGGUGGAGCACCGAGCUGACCCUGUCCUGUACAAAGACGACUUUCCUGAGAAGCUGAAGAGCUUCCCCAACAUCGGCAGCUUGUGAGACGCGCCACAGAUGGGGCUGAGCGCUAAGCUUGGACAAAGGAAGAGAACACGCUCCCACCAGCACUCUCAUAUCAGGGUGGGGGUUUCAGACUGGAAGGUCACCUCCUGGAUCUUGGCCUCCACUCCCCUACCCUGCUUCCUCGAGAAGAGGAUCCUGGAGAGAAUCUCUAAGCACCCUGAGCUGCACAUCCUCUGUUCCAGUGUUUCUCAUGAUCUCCCACGGGUCCUUUGUGAAAAUGCCAAAUGGAAGCCUUGGUGGCCUGCUCCCCAAUUAAUUCCAGCUUGGGCUCCCUUUCUUUGUGGUUCCAGUAUAACAAUCUGAAAUGCAGCUUCCAUGACUGUAAGACGGCUGAGGAGAGAAACCUACCAGCCCGUUUAAGAUGUGGGGACUCGUGUAAAAGGUACCCAUGUCUCGCUUUUAGUCGUUUCAGAUCAGUGAGUUCUUUGGAAGAAAAGCCAAGCCCAGAAUUUGGUGCAGAAUCUUAACGUCUUGGGAUUUGAUGGGUGGAUGCCUUUGGCCUGGGCCCUGGGCUCGUGCAGCGGGAGCCCCGACUGCCGAGCUGGGUCUGUGAGGGCCAUGGACUAUUCGUCUGUGGUUUGGCUUUUUGAUAUGAUUAAAAUUAUUUUUUAUUCUUUUUUCUACUAUGUCUUAAACACUGAUCAUUGGUAA